UGUGUUUGUGAUGGAUGAGAGUGUGUAGCAGCAGAGAGGGGACAUACAUUUACAACACUACAGUCACUGGAACCUAUGCUGCUGUGCCUGGGAAAUGGAAAAGUCUAAGUGGUAACGCAUGCGACAUUUCUGCUUUUUAUUUGUGACAGUGCGACUGGCCAGUUUGUAGAAAAACAUUACAAGAUUUCUUCAAAAGGUGCAGAAGAUGAGAGGGGAGGUAAUGAAAGAACGCGACCAGUGAAAACAGCAAAGGGUCAUGGGAUGUGCUAUGGGAAAAUCUGAACUACAGCUGAAGAAACGAGACAGAGUGACCAUCUCAGUUCCAGCUGCCACUGCAAUCAGAGCGGCUCUGUUGAUCCAGCGUUGGUACCGUCAGUAUGUUGCCCGGCUGGAGGUGAGACGCAGGUGCACAUGGAACAUCUUCCAGUCUAUUGAAUAUGCAGGAGAGCAAGACCAGAUCAAGCUCUACAAUUUUUUUGGCUUCCUGAUGGACCACUUCACCCCAGCCAGCAGUGAAAGAAACCUAAUAUCUCACAUCUUUCGUGAGAAUGAAAUCUGUCGUGACACAGAAUGGGAGAGAUAUUUUUGCUACAAGAGCAUUGAGGUAAGCGAUAGCUACACCGGCCCCCAUCUGACCUUCCCCAUGACCUUCUGUGGGGUGUCGAAGCUGGUCGAGGCCUUCAAGCACAAACAACAGCUUCAUGCUCGAUAUGUUCUGCAACUUCUUGGAGAGACUUGGAGACUUCUAAGAAUUCUUCCAAACAUCAGUAAAGUGUCUGCAUGCCACACCAAGCAGAUUACCAUAUGCGGAGAUUUACAUGGCCACCUUGAAGACCUGCUGUUGAUAUUCUAUAAGAAUGGUUUACCGUCCUCCGAGAAACCGUAUGUCUUCAACGGAGACUUUGUGGAUCGUGGUAAACACUCCUUAGAGAUCCUGCUCAUCCUGUUUGGUUUCCUGCUGGUCUAUCCCAAUGAUGUUCAUCUGAACAGAGGCAACCAUGAGGACCACAUUGUUAACCUGAGAUAUGGUUUCACUAAAGAAGUUUUGGGAAAAUAUAGGAUGCAUGGCAAGAAGAUCCUAAAGCUUCUCCAGAAGAUUUUCAGCUGGCUGCCUCUAGCCACCGUGAUUGAUAACAAGGUGCUGAUCGUGCAUGGUGGGAUCUCUGACGCGACAGACCUCGACACGAUAGCCAGAGCGGACAGACACAGAUAUGUGUCGGUUCUCAGGCCUCCUAAGCCGACCCAUCGUGUAGUAAAUGGCAGUAGGACUCAGACGAUGAACAACAGGAACGGGGAGGCCGUUGGACCAGUGGACGGCCGGCGUCGAGUGUGUUCUCUGACUCACCCUGGCUCGGCCCCGGCUCUCAGGCACGACCUCCCGCGGCGAUCGCUCCACAACGCACCCAUGAGCAGCAACUGGUCGGUGGAAGAGGAGCUGAAAAGGAGGCGCAGACAGGCUGGGUUUGACCAGUCCUACGGAGAACUGAAGAAGUCUGAUUCUGACUCAGACCCGGAUUCUGGAGAAACAACAGAGACAGAUGUGGAUGAGUGGAAACAAAUAGUGGACGUGUUGUGGAGUGACCCAAUGCCACAAAAUGGCUGCAUUCCCAAUGAGGUGCGAGGCGGAGGCUGCUACUGGGGGCCAGAUGUCACUGAGGAAGUGCUGGGAAGACACAACCUCCAGCUACUCAUCCGGUCCCAUGAGUGCAAACAGGAGGGCUAUGAGUUCUGCCACAACCGCAAGGUGCUGACUAUAUUUUCAGCGUCUAACUACUACGAGGUGGGCAGCAACAGAGGAGCGUACAUCAGAAUGGGACCCGAUCUGGUCCCCCACUUCAUUCAGUAUCAGGCCAGCAGGACAUCCAUAGAGCUCAGCCUGAGACAGAGUGUCGGGUGGACAGAGAGAUCGGCUCUGCGAGCUCUGAGGGAGCAACUGUUUGUACAUAAGUCGGAUCUCAUCAGUGCCUUCCAGGAGUUUGAUCCAAACCACAAAGGGAUGAUCUCUCUAAGGAACUGGGCCAGUGCCACUGAGAGAGUACUGAAUCUGGGUCUGCCCUGGAGGGUGCUGCGCCCUCAGCUUGUCAGCAGCACCCAGUAUGGCAUGGUGGACUACCAGCUGUGGAUAAGGGAGCUCUCCAUCAACGAGCCCAAACUAGAGAUCUCAGAUAACAGCAUCCUGGAGACGAUGUACAAAAACCACUCCAACCUGGAAACCAUCUUCCGAAUUAUAGACACAGAUCACUCAGGUUUGAUCUCUUUCGAGGAGUUUCGUCAGACCUGGAAACUCCUGAGCUCUCAUCUUAAGACGGAGAUCAGUGACGAGGCCAUCGCAGACCUGGCCCAGAGCAUCGACUUCAACAAGGACGGGAGCAUCGAUAUCAAUGAGUUCAUGGAGGCUUUCCGGCUGGUGGACAUCUCUGCACACACCUGAGAGCCUGGACCAGGAGCUGUCGCUGUACCUGCUGCAUAGAGAACACCCAGAACAGUUUUGGAUAGACUUGUUCAACUGGAUACACGUCUGUGGAAAAAAAUGUAUAGUAGUAUCACAUCCAUUUGACCUUUGCGGAUCAAACUAGAUCUUUUCUACCUCUUAGAUUUUUUUUUUUACCUUUUUUUAUUUACGUUUAUUUAAGAAGUUGGUGUAUCUUAAGGAUUUAUGUGUGUAACUUAUAUGCUUAGUUAUGCAUAAAAAACAUCAAACACACAAUACAUGUUGUCUUUCCCUUUCAUGUCAUCACACUGUUGACAAUGUUUGGCUCAAAGAAGUCAGGAAUUAAAGGAACCCUACGGAUUUUACACAUUAAAAAGUGUGUUUACAGGACUUGGGGAGUACCACUGCUUAUAUGAAAUAAGUUGUAUAAAGCCUUUUGUGGCGCAAAGUCUAAUAAAUGUCCUUAAGUGAUGUCACUUGACUCAGCAUUGGUUGGAGUUGAAGACUAAUCGGGAGGUGUGGAGUUAGAAAGAAGAGAGCUUACCAGACCUCUGUUGCCCGCUCCUCAUUUCUAGCAGCUCAAGGCUAUAUUUGCCACUACUAGCAAAUAACUAUAACACACCCAAAUCUCUGAUCUGUCAGCGGUCCAGGAAGAAGUGGAAUAAAAUAAACAAUAUGUCUGGUUCUUCUGCAUCGAUUUUGAUCUUUUAUUUCUCCCCCCUGGCCACCGCAAGUCAAUGUUAUAGGGGUACAAUGCUGAAUUGAUGGCAUAAAGGGGAAAAGAGUGUUAUACUGAGACAAAGAAAACUCUGUAGAGUUAGUGCUAAAUUGAGUACAAGUAAAGACAGGACUGUGGACCUGGAUUUGCUAAUAAACUCAUGAAUAUUUAGUCCACAGGGUUUCUGUUUGAAUUUGAUUCUAGACAUCAUGGAGCUUUAU